AUGACGGUGACCACUAAUUUCUCGAUGAUGCGACCAUGCUUCACUGGAUACCCCUUUCAAGAUUUAGGGUCGAUACCAGGCCAGGGACGCGUGAAUCAGCUCGGUGGCGUCUUCAUAAACGGACGCCCGUUGCCGAACCACAUUCGCUUGAAAAUCGUCGAGAUGGCGGCCGCUGGUGUCAGGCCGUGCGUUAUUUCUAGACAAUUGAGGGUAUCCCAUGGAUGCGUUUCGAAAAUCCUGAACCGAUACCAAGAGACCGGUAGCAUCAGGCCAGGCGUGAUCGGUGGCAGCAAGCCGCGAGUAGCCACACCGGAAGUCGAGGCCAGAAUCGAGGACUACAAACGGGACAAUCCUGGAAUUUUCUCCUGGGAAAUCCGCGAUAGACUCAUCAAGGAAGGGAUCUGCGACCGAACCAGCGCCCCUAGCGUUUCUGCGAUCUCCAGGCUUCUCAGAGGUCGCGAUCCUGAAGAUGAGGCUAAACUUGGAGAUGGCAAAACCAGUUCCGGAUCAGACUGCGAGAGCGAGCCAGGAAUCCCCUUGAAGCGAAAGCAGAGAAGGAGCAGGACUACCUUCACUGCCCAUCAACUGGACGAGCUUGAGAGAGCGUUCGAGCGGACCCAGUACCCAGACAUUUACACUAGAGAAGAAUUGGCUCAAAGAACGAAAUUAACCGAGGCUAGGAUACAAGUAUGGUUCAGCAACAGAAGAGCCAGGCUCAGGAAGCAAUUGUCUUCAACCACAUCUGGUGGUUACGUUAGCUCCGUGGCUUAUCCAGCUGCCUCAUACGUUCUUCAUCCUCCUGCUGCGCCUCAUCCUCAUAGCGCUGCAGCGGUUCCACCGAACCAUCCUCAUUCUCAUCCUCACGGACAGACUUUGCCCGACACUACAUUCUCCUCCAGUCAAGUUCCAGAACUGUACUCGUCCCACCACACCAUGUCUCAUCAGUUGACGACAGAUUCGACUCGGUUACCUUCCUCGGUUGGAUCCACACCGAGUUACGGACUACCACCGUCAGUCUCGUAUCCCAGCUCACUGUUACCAGCUACAUCCAGUGCUAGCCAUAUGACCCACCAAGCGUCUCCAGUGGCGCCAGCAUCGUCCUCCACCUAUCAGCAACCCAGCAGCCAUCAACUUCCACCUACACCCAAUUCCUUGGUCACUAUGAUGGGUCCCAAUUCCGGGAAUUCGAACCCAUCAUCCGACCACCUGACCUCUUCGGACCUGCCAAUCAGCUCUGUGUCCCCUGUGCAACAACACCAACAGCAACAGGCUAGCCAGGGGAACACCUCGCCUUCGUGGAACCUUCCAAUCUCCAGUGGCGGAAGGGUUGGUCUUCCAAGCCCACCCUCCAGCCUGCAACAAACUCAUGCGCACGCCCCUCAUCCUCAUCAGGCUUUUGCUAGCCAUUACAGCGCUCAAGGGUUCCAACAACCGCCCAGACCUGCGCCUCAUCAACCGUUUUACAGCUGGUAUUGA